AUGGGAACCUCUACCGCCCCCGCAAGCUUGUCCACCUCCUCGACUGAGGGCGCAUCCACAUCCUCUGGGCAACAGUCUUCUACAUCAACUCCUCUUUCCUCUACUUCCACUCACACUGAACCCAUUUUCACAACCACCUCUCAAAGAAUGGGAGCCUCUACCGCCCCCGCAAGCUUGUCCACCUCUCGACUGAGGGCGCAUCCACAUCCUCUGGGAUUCAACUCCUCUUUCCCUCACACUGAACCCAUUUUCCAACCACCUCUCAAGGAAUGGGAACCUCUACCACCCCCGCAAGCUUGUCCACCUCGUCGACUGAGGGCGCAUCCACAUCCUCUGGGGAACAGUCUUCUACAUCAACUCCUCUUCCCUCUACCUCUAGUCACACUGAGCCCAUUUCCACAACCACCUCUCAAGGAAUGGGAACCUCUACCGCCCCCGCAAGCUUGUCCAUCUCCUCGACUGAGGGCGCAUCCACAUCCUCUGGGGAACAGUCUUCUACAUCAACUCCUCUUCCCUCUACCUCUAGUCACACUGAGCCCAUUUCCACAACCACCUCUCAAGGAAUGGGAACCUCUACCGCCCCCCGCAAGCUUGUCCAUCUCCUCGACUGAGGGCGCAUCCACAUCCUCUGGGGAACAGUCUUCUACAUCAACUCCUCUUCCCUCUACCUCUAGUCACACUGAGCCCAUUUCCACAACCACCUCUCAAGGAAUGGGAACCUCUACCGCCCCCCGCAAGCUUGUCCAUCUCCUCGACUGA